AUGACUCAGCUUUGGGAUCCGGUCAUGGCUGAUGCUGGGGAUGGAUCUGGUAUUACCAUGGUCUUCCAGUGCAAUGUAUACUAUUGGAUGGCUGAUGGCUCCGGCAAAGCUGUAGCUGGUCAGGGCACCUUCCAGAAGUUGCGGGGCUCGUCUUGUCAGUUUCGGCUUCAAGUGGAUGGAGGUUGUGACUCCACCGUCUCUCACUUGUAUUUGCCACCUCUAGCCGACUGGAAUAUCAACAAAACAAGAGCCGUUCAGACGAUGAAUGGUGCUCAUGGACCACAGAGAGCCUUGGUUGACGUUGUGACAUUUGCAGGAAGCUUUGCCAUUACGAAACUCCAAGUUACGAUGCCGUUCCACCGUGAGAACAGGCGCGUUGCAAAGCUGUUCCGUCCUGCUCUUAUCCAUGCUGACCAAUCGAAGCGUGAAGCGAUGGCCUAGUCGAAAAGCAAGCCGACACCAAUGGAGUUCCUCUCGUCAAGACCUGCCGUAUCUCUCCGCAGUUCAAUGGCAUUACGAUUGGCUCAACGAGUCUAUUAUAUCAAACCGAAGCAGCUACUAGUAUAAAAUAUAAGCUACCUAUUUCUUGUUGUC